AUGAACACACCAGCUAACGCUGAGGACCCACCCAAGAAGGCGAAUGGUGACAGUCGUUCAGUGACAAUUCAGGUGGAAGCGGACGAGCCAGUCAAAGGGACUGUGCUCGAGGGCCGAACGGUCCAACCAGAAGAUGACCCCCAAAAGCUGGUCCCCAUGGAAUACCACAGUGAUAAUAACCUGGUUCCCGAGGAAGAGUACCAUGGUGGUGCGGCAGAGAGCCCAGCCAAAGCGGUACAGGGCCGAGCUAAAGCUGCCGACCCACCCAAGAAGGCCGCUGGUGACAGGCGUUCGGUGACAAUUCAGGUGGAAGAGGACGAGCCGAAAAAGGCGACUGUACUCCAGGGCCGAACGGUCCAACCAGAGGAUGACCCCAACAAGCUGGUCCCUACAGUAUACAACAGUGACAAUAACCUGGUUCCCGAAAAAGAGUACCAUGGUGAUGAGAGCAAGGACCAACAAGGAGAAGAAAUUGAUGACAUGACUGCUGAGGCAGCGAAGAAACCACCCAAAAACAUGUCCUAUCGUUCCAGCGAAUAUCGAUUCGAAAAGGCUCUCAAUGAAGACAUCUACAGUGUCAUGUACACGGCAGACCGUUUUAGCAUUCCUUUCUUUUUUGCAAUGCUUGUUUUCAUGAUCCAAUUCACCAUUUUGGUGCUGAUUUUCAUUGGUCUAGUGGAUACCACAGAAGAUCCACCCACCUCGAGCAAUGGAGAAACAAACAGGCUCAAACUUCCAGUUGAUGUGGAACGCACCGUUCGUAUUGCACAAGGCUGUGGUGUAAUCCUCAUCAUCAAUUUUACGGCCAAAGAAGGAGACCUCAUCAAGGGAUGUUCCCGCGUGUUCAAUGGAUACGAUAAAGAGCUAAUCAAGGACCACACGGGUGCCACCAAAAUCAAGUGGGCCAUGUCAUCAUUAUUUCAGGCAUCCUCGGGUUUCUUUAUGAUCAUGAAUUUGUUCAUAUUGCUCAUGCAAAGUACAACUGUUGUGGGGAUGUGUCUCAACUUUGCCGCCCUGCACUUUGUCCAAGACAUCGAUGACGUUGCUUUUGCCGUGGCGGAAACUGGCUUGGUGGGCCAGGUCAUUCAAGCUGAAGUCAAAGGUGUUGGGGACAUCAUGACGACGGCUGCCAACAUAAGAAGAACACUUUGGAUGAGAAGAUUUUUGCUGGGGACUAUAGUGACUGCUCUCUACGUCUUUUGGAUUAUUUUCUCCAACUGGCAGCUGUCUGGAAAGUUUGCGUGCAAUGUGCUCUUGCUGCAGUUUGGUGAUGCGUAUGAUCCGGACCUCGCCUAUUACUCUGGCGGAUUUAUCGCAGAGGGACUACAAAGCAGCCGGCCCAAGUAUGUUGAUCUCAGUGGAACAUACAAAAUGCGGUACUCUCGGUCCAACAAGGCUUGGGUGCUGGAGCCCAAUACACCUGAGAAAGGUCUUGUUGUCAUCAAAUCUUCAGAAACUGAGUCGUUCGAUGUCACAACAAUUGCCGAUCAAACAUGGUUCCACAACACAACAGGAGGGUUUGUUCCCGUUGACUGGUUCUCUCUGACCUGUCAUGAGUGUAACGAAAACCGAUGCCAUACAGACCGUGGAACUUGUAAUGAGAAUCAUGCCUGCAUGUGCCAUGAAGGAUUCUUUGGGGUGAGCUGUGAGACUGAAACACCCAAAUGUCCUUUCUAUGCAGUAGACUUUCGAACCAGAGGCACUCUGGCCAACGUUCCAGGAGGGUCUUUCUUUUUUGAUAAUCAGUUUCUUUCGGCAGAUGUGAAAUUCAAUCACAGAUUCUUGUAUAUUCCGUUCGACAUCAAUGCGUAUGCGUUCUCUGCCGCAUUGAAAGUCCAGUAUUUCAUGAUUUUCACAGGUCGAAGAUGGAUGAUCAUGGGUGCACCAUAUGAAUCGAGUGCGUUGACCUAUGACGAGUUCUUCGAUUACUUGAACACAACAAAAUUUUGGAACGCUUCAUCCGCUGCUGAGGCGCUGCAGGUAUUGGCAAAGAGCAGACUAUACAGUCCUCGCUACUACAGUUCUCCUGUGGACUAUGGUACACCUACUUGGGCUUAUGACCCAACCGCAGUGACCUGGGUUUUCGCCAAGCCACAAGAGAACCAUGAUGAUUCAUUGUUUUUUGAUGCUACACCAGAUGAUGACGACACACUCAGUGCACGGUUCUUAUGUUCUGCCUGCAGUUUCCAGUACGAGAAUGGAACUGUGACUGAGGGAUUGGCAACAUGCCAAAAUAAGGGCAGAUGCCGGGAUGGUUUCGAGGGCUUUCCUUUUGGCUUCUUGGUUUCCAAUGUGAAUAUGUUUAUGAUUGCAAUGAACUUGGCUGUUUCAAUGAUGGGAUAUGUGACUCCAAAACUGGAAGCUGUCAGUAUUGUUUCAAAGGGGCCUCUGGGAACAUCUGCCAGAAUCCACACCCACCAGCAGUAG